AUGGGCAACGAAGCAACUCGGGUGAACCCCUUCGUGGUGAAUGAUCGACGGGUCGAUAUUCACAUCACUGUCCGAGGGUCUGAUUGGUACUGGGCGGUGAUGUCGACCAUGGGAUUGACGAUGCUGGGGAUCAUGACGCUGAGCUUCUUGAAGCCUGCGACCAGUCCAUGGCUUCGAACCUGGGAUGGGUUCCUAUCGAUGUUCAAUGGCAACGCAGCAGCGGCCUGGUUGCGGGCAUCAACCGCCAGAUUUGGUGGGUGCGGUACUGUAGCUGGUGAGGACCCCUUCAUUAUUCCCCAUCUCGUGGUUUCUGAUUUGGCCAUUGCUUUCCUUGGCGGUACUCCUGACGUGUGCCUCUCCGACCGUUCACAUCCUGUGGACAUGUUUCCUGAGCUGCAUCAUGGCUGUCAUGGCUCUCGUUGGGGCUCUCGUUACUACGGCUUUUGGAUAUUUACUUGGUUACUGAUAGGGUAUUGUCUCGUGUGGGCCCCUCGACCUUACGCGCGAGCUCUAGGUCAAAAUAUCCGGCUAGUGCAUGCGCUUUCUAGCAGCUGGAUCUGGUUCCUCUGGAUGCUCUAUCCCGUUUGCUGGGGUGUCAGCGAAGGGGGGAACGUGAUUGCGCCGGACUCGGAAUUCAUUUUCUAUGGUAUCCUCGACUGCUGCUUGAUUCCGGUCACCAGCGCACUUUUCCUGGCUCUCCAUUGGAGAAUCGAUCCCCUCCGCCUCGGACUCUACAUGCGCAACUGUAAUGAUCCAAUCGGCGGAUACCAGACCCCGAUGGCAAGCGGAGCACUUCAGAACGGGUCUCCUCGGGGGCUAAGUAUUCGUAAUUACAAGCACGAGAAAGGACACGGCCCUGGAAAUGAGCCAUCAGAUGCACAUUCGCUGGCCUGA